AUGACGCGUCACUCUAAACGGAUAAACAACAAUAAUGACAAACACCAUGGUUAUGGCAAUCAACAACCGAAGUCAAAGCAAAGUCCCCUACCAGUGGGAACUUCUACGGAAUCGUGUCCAGUACAAACUGAUGGUGUGCAAAAGGUGUUGUCAUCCAGUUCUUCCUCAGACUCACUAAAAGCCUUGUCGAACCCGAAUAAAAAACUAGGUAAUCAAGUUAGCCUUUCAAGUAAACGAAAGUACACUAGAAACUCUUCACAGGAUAUGCUUCCUGAUGACUGCGAUAAGAAGGCAAUGAUUAAUCCUCUUAGAGACCGACACAAUGAUCCGAAGGUCGCUAGCCCUUGGUCCCGUGAAUUUUGCUUUACUGAGUCCGUUUAUGCACCUCGCAUCGUCCUAUGCUUCGUAUCUAUUAUUGUAUGCAUAUUGCUUUUAAUUCGGUAUUAUUAUAUCUAUUAUGACAUGAGCGUUGUAUCGGAGGUCAAGUUGGGUCUAUUCGCUGCAGCGUUUACGUUUAUCGGGUUCGGCACGGUUAACUUGCCGAACUCUCUCAUGGUCCGGCCCCAUCCCGCUGUAUGGCGUGCAGUACUUGCCUGCGGCAUUUUGUACUUCACCUUCAUGAUUUUCAUUCUCUUCAUUGACUUAAAGACUGUACAACGAUUGUUUGGCUACUACGAUCCAAAGUUACUUCAGGCUAUUCCUGAACGUGCGUAUGCUACGGACUGCCGGAUUUAUACAGAGGAGAAACCGUACCUGUUUUUAGAGAAUUUGGAUGCUUUUAUCAUUGCUCACACUUUGGGGUAUAUAAUCAAAACCUUUAUGCUGCGCGAUUGGCGCUUAGUCACGUGCCUUUCUGUUGCCUUUGAAGUGGCCGAGCUGAGUCUUCAGCACAUCUUGCCUAAUUUCAGGGAGUGCUGGUGGGAUCACCUAAUUCUGGAUGUAAUCUUAUGCAAUGGUGGCGGGACAAUGGUAGGCAUUUGGCUUCUCCGCAAACUUAAAGCAAAGGAGUAUAAAUGGAUCCCUAUGAAGAUGAUCAAGGGCAGUAAAAGCAAGACUCGGCGUUUAAUUGGGCAGCUUGGUUCGCGUAGCCUCGAGAGCGGCGCCUGGAAUAUCUUCGAGAAACCCAAGCGCCUUUUUCAGGUGACUGCGGUGCUGAUUCUCAUGCUGACCCAGGAGUUGAAUUGUUUCACAAUGAAAGCAAUUCUGAACAUGCCCCCCAAACACCCAUUAGUGAUUGGACGAUUGGCCCUAUGGACGUUCGUGGCAACUCCGGCGAUACGUGAGUUCUAUGAACACAUCUCCAAUCCCUCCGUUCAGCGCAUCGGCACGGCGGGGUGGGUAGCGAUACUUGGCAUCGUCCUGGAGACCAUCUGGAUCAUGAAGAUGGCGAUCGAGGGGAAUUACUUCACCGAGGCGAUGCCGAUCUAUAUCGCAUUCCCAUGGAUGGUGGCGAUCGCAUCCUUAGCGGUAUGGUGUGGGUUGUACUAUAUGGUGCUACCAAGGAAACUCCGGGAACGCCAGCGGCCCCUGUGCUGGUGGGACUUGGUUCGCUACCAUGCAGUGAAUAUUUUUUUCUAUCUUGCAUGUGCUGCCGUUCUGGCGCUUGUCCUUAUGGGGUUGCCAGAUUUAAAGAUAGGUCGAGAAGCCUUUUUAAAGGCAAUGCGACCUCAUGGGCAGAUCAUUUUUUUCUGGAGGUAG